GCCUAUAUAGCAACGGUCCAUGUGUCCGUGCGGUGACACGCGCGCGAGCUCCACCACUCAACUGAGAUUAUCUGACUCACACGCGCCGACCGUAUUCGCGACGCCGGAGAUACCAUGGCCGCCGCUACCUCCUCGCCGUCAUCCUCCUCCGCCACGAAGCGGUUGGAAGGGAAGGUCGCCCUCGUCACCGGUGGUGCCACCGGUAUCGGUGAAGCCAUCGUCCGCCUCUUCAGAGAGAACGGCGCCAAGGUCUGCAUCGCGGACAUCCAGGACGAGGCCGGCCAGCAGCUCCGCGACGCCCUCGGCGGCGGCGACGUGGCCAUGUUCGUCCACUGCGACGUCACGGCCGAGGAGGACGUGAGCGCCGCCGUCGACGCGGCGGCCGAGCGGUUCGGCGCGCUGGACGUCAUGGUGAACAACGCCGGCGUCACGGGCAGCAAGGUCACCGACAUCCGCAACGUGGACCUCGCCGAGGUGCGCAGGGUGUUCGACAUCAACGUGCACGGCGUGUUCCUCGGGAUGAAGCACGCGGCGCGCGCCAUGAUCCCCCGGAGGCGGGGCUCCAUCGUGUCGCUGGCGAGCGUGGCCAGCGUCGGCGGCGGGAUGGGCCCGCACGCGUACACGGCGUCCAAGCACGCCGUGGCCGGGCUCACCAAGAGCGUCGCCGCGGAGCUGGGGCGCCACGGGGUGCGCGUCAACUGCGUCUCGCCCUACGCCGUGCCCACGGCGCUGUCCAUGCCGCACCUGCCCCAGGGCGCGCGCGCCGGCGACGCGCUCAAGGACUUCCUGGCCUUCGUCGGCGGCGAGGCCAACCUCAAGGGCGUCGACCUGAUGCCCAGGGACGUCGCCGAGGCGGUGCUCUACCUGGCCAGCGACGAGGCCAGAUACGUCAGCGCGCUCAACCUCGUGGUGGAUGGUGGCUUCACAUCCGUGAACAAUGCUAUGAAGCAGUUCGAGGAUUAGCUCCAGCUGCAAGCAGAAUUAUGCCAAUUCUUGGGGCAUUGUCGCUGCUGUUCUGCUGUGAUUCUAUGAUGCGACAUGAGCUUUGUGUGAUAAGAUUCUUGAAGUCUCAGCAACAAUCAUCUGUUUGAAAUAGAGGAAUUGAAAACAAGUAGAAAGUACAGGGAAAAAAUUGAAAUGAAUUGAAAAAGUAGAGGAAUGAAAACCA